CAAAGCUCAAGAGAAUGAUCUACUAUAAAUUUGUCUGAUGGCUGGUAAAUUAAUGAGAUGGUGGCAGCUUUGGAGAAGGUGAAACAAAAGCCAGACAACAGGUAUCAUGAGCUCCACGCAGUCAAACUCCUCUGCAAAUGUGACCUUUGCUCGUCCUGCAACAUUUUUCAUAAAUGGCUUUUUUAAUAUCCCACAUGCAAAAUAUUACUAUGUGUUCUUGUCUUUAGUGUAUGUUGUGACUGUUUUAGGGAAUUCAUUUAUCAUGUGUAUCAUUUAUUUGGCCCGAAGACUUCACACAGCCAAAUACAUUGCUGUUUUCCAUCUGGCCUUUUCUGAUCUGUGUGGAAGCUCAGCUUUGAUUCCAAAACUCAUAGACAUGUUUUUAUUCGAGCACCAGGACAUUUCAUAUGAUGCAUGUUUGGCAAAUAUGUUUUUUGUAUUUCAUUUCAUGAAUCUGCAGUCUUUGACACUACUUGUUUUGGCUUAUGACAGACUGGUUGCUAUUUGUUUUCCUCUACAGUAUCAUGUCAUUGUAACCAAACCAGCAAUGUUUCUGAUCAUAGGGGUGAUGUGGAUUUUUUCUGUCACUUUUAUUUCUUCAAUGGUGAGUUUAAUCACAAGACUCUCUAUUUGUAGAUCUAAUGUAGUCAAUAGUUAUUUUUGUGACCAUGGCCCUAUUUAUAGACUAGCUUGUAAUGAUAAUAGCAUAAAUAUUACCAUGGCAAAUAUUUGCUUUGGUCUCCUUGUUUGUAUGCCACUGAUACUGAUAAUCAUUUCAUAUUUCUGCAUUGCUUUAGUUCUGCUUAAAAUUGCUCAGGGUGCUGACCGGAUCAAAGCAAUGAAAACCUGCACGUCACAUUUCAUAUUGGUGGCAAUUUUUUAUGUGCCGCUUUUAGGUAUUAAUAUUGCAGCUUUAGCAACAUUUAUCCAUCCAAAUGCGCGGAUAAUUAACAAUUCCCUGACACAGACAAUACCACCAAUGCUGAAUCCCAUCAUAUACACUCUAAAGACAGAAGAGGUCAUGCAGUCCAUAAAAGAACUGUACAAACGCAAAAAGGUGAACACUAGGCUACUACAGAACAAAAGGGUAAAUACAAAGGGUUAA